AUGUCUGGCCAGCGUGAGAGCGUCCAAACCUACUGGGUCAACGGCUCGACCGAGAUCUCCAAGAGGGCUUCCGACCUCGCCUCGGCCUCCACCAUCUCCGGCGAGCAGAUCUUCGAGUCCAAGGGCAACGCUGGCGAGUUCGUGGUCCAGGGUGCCCAGAGCGUCCAGUUCUGGAACGGAUCCGUGCGAAGCGGCGAGAACUACAUCGGCGAUACCAAGGGUGACGGUGUCGUUUUCCUCAAGGAGGGCAUCCAGAUGGUUGUCAAGGGCGGCAAGGUCCUCGGACCUCUCCCUGCCGGUACCCUGCACAGAUGUAAUACACCCCCUCGGUCCCGAUCCCCAACACAUCGCAUCGUUCAUGUUUCUACUUCAAGUUCUUGUACUACACAACGCCCACCACACCUUCCCCGGUCGUUGUCGGCCAACAACAACAACAACAGCUCCAGUUACCGGCUCGCUUCCGGUUCUGAGAGACGAGUUAGCGGUAGCGGCGGAGGUCAUGGUACUGCUCAUCAUGAUGCUGUUGUUGGCUCGGGCAUCCGCUACGUUUCGGGGACAAGCCAUGCUCUUCCUCCUGCAAACACACAUACCACCACCACCACCACCAUCACUCCUCCAAAGUUGCCUCGUUCGGCUUCCUACCAUCCUCAUGUCCCGCCUACUAACACCUUUCCCAGCGUGAGCGUGUCCCGCGAAUGCCGUCAGUGCCUAGAGCAGCAGCAGCAACGUCGUGAGAGCCAUUCCCGUGACAACCACAAUCACCACCACGCGACAUAUCAACCUGCCCCUUACGCGGCAACAUACCAGAAGCGUCAUGACGGCGACACCUUUAGCACUGCGCCGACGUAUCUCACCAGCGGGCCGGCCAAGCGCGACUGGCUGGAUGACGACAGCAUAGCGCCCGAAGACAGCAUCAGCAACGUCGGCAUCUACCCGAAUGGGUAUCCUUCGGGACAUGCGCCUCAUGUUUCGAGUCGUCGUUGA